CCUCUCGGGCCUCGGCUGCUCAGGGCUGCAGCGGAAAAUGGCGGCUCCGGCGGGCUGCGCUGAGACGGCUUUGGCGGCUGCGUUAGCAGAUGUUCCUGGACUGUCCCGGCUCCUGGAGAUUGACCCCUAUCUGAAGCCCUACGCAGGAGACUUCCAGCGGAGGUAUAAGCUCUUCACCCAGACUUUGAAAGAUAUUGAAGAAAAUGAAGGUGGUAUUAAUAAAUUCUCCAAAAGUUAUGAAUCAUUUGGAGUCCAUAGAUGUGCUGAUGGUGGUUUAUAUUGUAAGGAAUGGGCUCCAGGAGCAGAAGGAGUUUUUCUUACUGGAGAUUUUAAUGGUUGGAAUCCAUUUUCUCAUCCCUAUAAAAAACUUGAAUAUGGGAAAUGGGAGCUUUAUAUCCCACCCAAGCAUAAUAAAUCUUCAAUUGUGCCUCAUGGAUCAAAAUUAAAGGUGGUUAUAACUAGUAAAAGUAGAGAAAUCCUGUAUCGUAUUUCACCAUGGGCAAAAUAUGUGGUUCGUGAAGGUGAUAAUGUAAAUUAUGAUUGGAUACACUGGUGCCCAGAACAUUCUUAUCAACUCAAGCAUUCUCGACCCACAAAGCCAAAGAGUCUAAGAAUCUAUGAAUCUCAUGUAGGAAUUUCUUCUCAUGAAGGAAAAGUUGCUUCAUAUAAACACUUUACAUGCAAUGUUCUACCAAGAAUUAAAGACCUUGGAUACAAUUGUAUUCAAUUGAUGGCUGUUAUGGAACAUGCCUAUUAUGCCAGUUUUGGUUAUCAAGUCACAAGUUUUUUUGCAGCAUCAAGCCGUUAUGGUACCCCUGAUGAAUUGAAAGAACUGGUUGAUAUUGCUCACUCAAUGGGAAUUAUAGUUCUCUUGGAUGUAGUUCAUAGUCAUGCAUCAAAAAAUUCUGAAGAUGGUCUAAACAAGUUCGAUGGAACUGAUUCCUGUUAUUUUCAUUCUGGCCCUAGAGGAAACCAUGAUCUCUGGGACAGUAGGCUGUUUGCCUAUUCUAGCUGGGAAGUUUUAAGAUUCCUUCUUUCUAACUUGAGAUGGUGGCUAGAAGAAUAUGGCUUUGAUGGAUUCCGUUUUGAUGGUGUAACAUCUAUGCUUUAUCACCACCAUGGAAUGGGUCAAGGCUUUUCAGGUGAUUACAGUGAAUAUUUUGGACUACAAGUAGAUGAAGACUCGCUGAUUUAUCUUAUGCUGGCAAACCACUUGGUUCAUACAGUAUAUCCAGAUUGUAUAACAAUAGCUGAGGAUGUUUCAGGAAUGCCAGCUUUGUGUUCUCCUAUAACACAAGGUGGAGGUGGCUUUGACUAUCGAUUAGCCAUGGCAAUUCCAGAUAAGUGGAUUCAGAUACUUAAAGAAUUUAAAGAUGAAGACUGGAAUAUGGGAAACAUUGUGCAUACCCUCACAAACAGGCGUUACCUUGAAAAGUGUAUUGCAUAUGCAGAAAGUCAUGAUCAGGCUCUUGUUGGUGAUAAGACCCUGGCAUUCUGGUUGAUGGAUGCAGAAAUGUAUACAAACAUGAGUGUGCUGUCCCCCCUUACUCCAGUUAUUGAUCGUGGAAUACAGCUUCAUAAAAUGAUUCGUCUCAUUACUCAUGCACUUGGGGGUGAAGGCUAUCUGAAUUUUAUGGGUAAUGAAUUUGGCCAUCCAGAAUGGUUAGAUUUCCCAAGAAAAGGAAAUAAUGAGAGUUACCAUUAUGCUAGGAGGCAGUUUCAUUUGGCUGAUGAUGAACUCCUCCGCUAUAAAUUUCUCAAUAACUUUGACAAAGAUAUGAAUAAAUUAGAAGAAAGAUGUGGUUGGCUUUCAGCACCUCAGGCCUUCGUAAGUGAAAAACAUGAAGAAAAUAAAGUCAUUGCUUUUGAGCGAGCAAAUCUCCUUUUUCUCUUUAAUUUCCAUCCAGAAAAGAGUUUUACUGACUACAGAGUGGGAACAUCAUCACCAGGUAAAUUCAAAAUUGUUCUGGAUACUGAUGAAGGGAAAUAUGGAGGACAUCAGAGACUAGACCAUAAUACAGAUUUCAUUUCUGAGCAUUUUGAACAUAAUGGCCGUCCCUGUUCUCUUUUGGUAUACAUUCCAAGCAGAGUGGGUCUUAUACUUCAAAAUAUGGAUAUGCCAAACUGAAGAAGACAGAAUCUGCCUGCACUGGAUUCAGAUAUUUGUUUUAUGUUCCAGUAUUGAGCAUUCAUAGAACUUUUAUUUUGUAGAGUUUUUUAAACUCUUAAAUGUUGGUAAUUGAAUAUUGAAAUAUACACAGGAAUAUCAAACUUUCUUUUAAAACUCCCUUCCAGAGCCAUAUAUAUCACAAGUUUAGAGAAAAUUAUCUUUGUAUUUCUAGAGUGCAUGGACUAUAUUUUCAAAGCUCUAAGUGACUGAUAUCCUCAAGUUAUCCUUUGCAUUUUACAAAAGUAAAGUAAUGUAAAGUAAAUUGAUAAUGAUGUCAUUCUUUUUUAUUUCAGAUUUGAUUUAUUCAUUAUAUGCUAUAAUCUUCCCUUAAUGUAAUGAGUAAGCAGAAUUUUUUAAAAUUGAAUACCAGUUUUAUUUUAUAUAAGUUUUUUCUUUUGCAUUUGGCAAAGACUGCAGUGAAUGAAAAUUUAUCAUGGUUUUAUCACUUCUAAAAUCCUAUCUAGGAAAAAAGGAAAAAAAUAAUUAUUAUUCAUAAUAAUGUUAAGGGUUUUUAAAAUUAAUGAUAGACUUUAUUUGUGAAGCCAGUUAUGUGUGAUUUUAGCAUAACAUUUUUAUUUUAUUUGCUCUUUCAUAUAACAUUCUUAUAGCCUCUUCUUUCUCAGUUUUUCUGACCCUUAAAAUAAUUACUGAGAGUUCAGAAAAUAUCUUUUAUUUUCUAUUAGUAAAUAGUAUGCCCCAAGUAUUUUUAGUCAGACUUAUCUUAAUCUAUUAUUAUAGGUAAUUACUUUAUAAUACAUUUUAACAUACUUGAUAUCAAAAUAUAUUCAUUUGCAGAGAAUAAUCAAACAUCAUUUGUGUGUACCUGUACCUAGCAUUUGUAGCACAAGCUACUAAUAAAUAGAAUUUUGUUAUUAUUAUAAAGUCAGUGAUCCUUGAAAGUGACAUUAACUCUUUCUGACUUUCAUUAGAUUAAUCUUCCACUGGUAUAAGGAAUGCUCUUUUAAAAAUAUGCUUAAUNA